AUGGAAGACGACGCGAGCAGAGUGCGGCAGCUGACACUUUCAGUCCCUCGAAUCGAGGUCAAAACCUACCGCCGUGUUUGCACGUACGCCGACGGUCAGCGCCAGCCCGCGCACUUCGUCUACCAUGUGCAGUGCAAUUGGUCAGGCAUGCAGAGGCCCGACUUAGAGUUCGGCUCCAAUGCUGAUCUGCUUUCUCAAGAGCGGGGCGACUCCUGCUGGUGGGAUUCCUUGCCAGACUGCUACACCGUCAAGAGAAAGUGGGCAGACCUUCACAGGCUACACAGCUUGGUGGAUUCUGAGCUGGCCUUUGACAAAGCGGGAGGCUUCCGUCGCGUGAAGACACGCAUGCCUCCGCUUCCGGAAGCUGGAGAUCUAAACGACUUUUUGGUGACGCUCGCUGCCACGGGUGAUGUUCUCGCACUAAGCCGUCGGACAUCUGGUCGCCAAUCAGAUGCAACAGACGCCUUUGAUGAGCUUAACCUGCUCCACACGAUCUACGUCGAGAAUCGCCUGGGCCCAUACUUCGCAGAGUUGAACAAGGUCUUGGCUGAAAUUCCCUGGCAGCUUCUUCAGGACUGCCUCCCGUUGCGAAACUUCGCAACCAGCGGCGUGAGCUGCCGUCCAAGGGCGGGCAGCAGAGGAAACACCUUCUACGGCAAAGGACCCUUUGUCUUGGAGCCCAGCUUCUAUCACGCGGCGAGCAAGAAGGAGCUGCAGCGAUGCCGAGAGGCACGCGAAGCGAAGACGAAGGCCAAGGCCAAGGAAGUCCCUGCGCAAGGCACAGAGAAGCCCAAGAAGCUGCGGCGGGAGCCUUCUGGCAGGUUGGACAGCCAGUCUCUGGCGAGUCCUGCCAGUCCUGCCAGCCCUGCCAGCCCAUCCUCGCGAAGGAUGUCCCGGAGGCUCUCGCAUCAAGGCAGCCGUACGAUGCUGGCCAAGUCGAACUCGUUGCCGCUGUUGGAGGCCGAGUUCGAAGAUCCGAUGUCGCGAGAGUCGCCAGAGUUCAGCUGGGACGAGCUUCAGAGCUUGGAGGACAGCAAGAGUCACGACAGGCUCGCAUGCUCCCAUUACAGUUUCUUUGCGCUUCGAAUGGGCAAGAAGGACUUGGCUCCCUGCGAGAAGGACUACUGGAAGAGGAUGGCACUAAAGGAGAAGCGGGAGCUGGGGCGCCGAGCACAGCUCCUGCCCCAGGAGCUGCUGGCACCCCCUCGCUCCAGGCCGAUCGACGACUUGCCGGACGAGACGUCGACGUUCAGCAGCCGGAGCUUUUGGCUGAGCACUCCAGAUGCGCUGUCGGCGAGCCAAUCUGUCGAGCGCCUGCCGGCGUUGCCACCCCCGGGCUUGAACGAGCCUUUUCGAGAGGGAUCUGCGGGAACCAAGAGAAGCAGGCCGGUGUCCGAGCAGAAGUCGUACGGUGUGGGCCUUGCCUCCCUCAUGAUGAAGCCUGCAGAGAGGACGGAACACAUGGAGGUGGUCAUGCGCGAUCUCUGCGAGGGGUUUCAGGUCUGCCUCCUUGGCGAACCUGCCCCUCAGGUGCCGCGAAGCAUGCGCCUCAAGGAGCCCAUGAAGAUCUACCGUCUUCCUGGUCGAGAGGAGACUAUGAAGGUCUACAGAGUCUACUGCAACUUGCUGCAGUCCGAAGGGGUGGAUGCUGGUGGUGGGCUGCUUCCUGAGCUUCCGCCCGACAAGGACGGCAAGAAGGCCAACUUGCACGAGACGCGGGCAUUCCACCAUCCUUCGCUGAAGAAGGCUAAUGAGCAGGCUCGGCGCCGGCAGCGCCGUAACGGGCAGCUCACCGAGGAGAUUGCUCGGAUCUCAUGGUCUACUCUCUUGCAGUGGGUUCAGCACUUGGAAGACCUGGCCGCAGACUUCAGGUAUCGGUCCGUCACAGCGGCAUUGAACCGGGCCCUGCAUCAAUGGCGGAAGAAGCAGGCCACACCGCGUCAGCAGCAAGAGGGCGUGGACCUGUCAAUGAUCAUUCAGUGGACUUGGCCGGACGUGACUGAAGACAAGAUCGCUGACAUGAUGCUGUGGAUCUUCGAGAUUGAGCUGAGCAAGUUCAAGCAGCCAACUCCGCGGCUGAUGGAUCCACACGACCGCCGGAUUCUGGAGGCCCUGUUUCGUCGACUGGACGACAAGAAUGUGGGCUCAUGCUCUCCGGAGGACAUCGCCGGCAGCAAAGAAGAAGACGAAAACGAAGGGCACAACGACAAAAUGAAGAAUAUCGUGGACGUCGAUACGGUGAAGGCCGUCGUCGGCCAAGAGCGCGUUGAGCUGCUGCCUUUCUUGGAGCUGAUGUGUGAGAGUGGUGUUCGAGCCCAUGAGGCUGCCACAGAGGUGCUGCUUGAUGAUGGGCGCAAGCUCGUGCUUCAGUACCGGCGGGCAGUCGACAGCAAGGUUUGGGUUUUCGAUGGGACGCCUGCAGACGAGGAGCAGCCCCGCCGGGUCGCGAGAGUGUUCGAGGCUGAGGUCAUUCGCUGGAGAGCUCUGGCCCAGGCCACACAGCGCGCGGAGGCCCAGGCGGCCCAGGAGGCCUUGCUGGCCCAGCAAAGGAAGGAGAGGGAGAAGCAACAGAAGGAAGCCGGCGGCAAAGAGACGCAGGAGGAGGAGGAGCUGGAGCUUCAGAUGGUGUCUUCCGACAGUUGUAGAGCCAAUGGAGCCAUCGGAGUCGAUGGCACAAACUGCAAGGCAAGGAGCAUGACGAAGAACGACGAUGAGGCAGAGGAGGAGAAAGCUGCAACCCAACCGGUGGUGCCCAGCAUCCCGAUACCCAUCCCGGGUGCCGAGCCUGCCAUUGGACCACAGGUGAACUCGCUGCGACCAUCCUCAGCAAGGUACUCCUUCGCACGAGAAAGGAAGAAGGAUGCCUGGAGUGGCGAGGGCACACCUGGCCCGGGCUACUAUUCCAUGGACUAUGCCAACGCGCUGGUCUGUGCUUCCGCUGCCAGUAUGGGAACUGCCGCUGCACGGUCACACUGUAGCGAGACGCGGCGAUCCCUGAAAAAAGAGAAGAGUGAUCCCAACACUCACUUGCACGUGAUGGAGGCCUGGGUGACUUCGACAGCAGCCGGUCCCAGUCCUCGGAUCGGUUUUGGGACAGAGACCCGCGAGGCGCAGGUCUCCGACCUGGAGCUCUUGCGAGCCUGUCCCGAGUCCAGGUACGGCUCCGGCCCCGGCCUGGUGUACCACCCGGACUACAGGAGAGUGCGUCCAGAAUCGGCUGGCCGCAGCUUUCCUCGCGACAAGUCUGGCGGCCUGGUCAGCAGCGUGGGAACGUCUGGACAAGUGGCACCGUCUUCGUAUCAGCACCACGAUCAGGAGUCCAUCUCUGGAAAGCAGCUAGACUCCCGCAAGAGGACCGGUCCAGCUUUCUCAUUCGGCCGGGCUUCUCGCUUCAUGGCGCCACGCCGUGCGAUGGGCGGCCGGGCGGAGGAAUGCGCAUCUGCCCGGUCGAGCCUGGGCAGGUCUGAGUCAGGACGGCGCCAGCGGCGGCCACCCUCGGCAACUUUCGGCUGUGCUGACCGUGAUGCGGCGCGGCGGGUCAAACGAGGGGCCAACUGCUAG